AUGCUGUUGGAAACAGGCCAGUACGGCGACCAGUACACCGACGAUGGGUACCCCUUGGACGAGGGCGACGAGCUGGCUCCACAGCAGCGGGCUGAGGACAGGCAGCCCAAGGUGAGCCUGGAUUUCGGCGACGGCAAGGAGGACGAGCAGCAGCAGCAGCAGCAGCAGCAGCAGCAGCAGCAGCAACAACAGCAGCAGCCGGGCGACCACGAAGAAGCUUUGGAUGAUGAGGCGUUGGCAAGGCGGCUGCAGGAGGAGGAGCAGCGUGCGCUGUACGAGCGCAUGCUGGAGAUGAGCGGGUACCACGCGCACCAAGAAGGCGCAGACGAGCUGGACGUGAACGCCAUGACCUACGAGGACCUGCAAGCACUGGGGGACGUGGCGGGCGUCGUAAACCGCGGCCUCGCGGCGCACGCCAUUCAGAGGCUGCCCCAGGCGUCCUUCAAACAGCUGAGCCUGCAAGCAGCCGCCGCGGCGACGGCCGGGGCAGCCGAUGAGGAGCAGCAGGGGACGGAGGCAGACGUAAGAGGCGACACACCCGCGCAGCACUUGGCGGUUGCCAGCCUGGAGAGGUGCACCAUCUGCAUGGAUGACUUUGUUGACGAGGACACGCUCAAGGUGCUGCCCUGCAACCACGCCUACCACACUGCCUGCCUGGACGAGUGGCUGAGCUGCAGCAAGGCGUGCCCUGUGUGCACCAGGGAGGUCACAGCAGGCACCAACCAGCGCUGA